AUGUGGGCGCAGCCUGAGGCUGGGGCCGAGGAUCCUCUGGCCCAGCGCCCAGCACCGCUUGCCCGCGACAGCCGAGCUCCUCAGAUCUGGUUGCCAGGCUUCGGCUGCCUAGCACCUGCAAGCUGGAGUCCGGGCCCCUGGGCGACACGUGGCCCCCGCGACCAAGCUGCAGACUCGGGAGAAGCGAACCUUUGUGGUGCGGUCCAGUCCGGCCGCCAGGACCCACCGCCCCAUCCAGCUUCAGCCCCCCCGCCCCCAUCCCUGGGGAGAAACGGAGCCACAGUCUCUCUUCCGAAGGGAACAGAGGAGCCCUUCCUGGAGAAGCCCAAGCGGCGGCUGCUGUGCCCGCUGUGCGGGAAACCCAUGCGCGAGCCUGUGCAGGUUUCUACCUGCGGCCACCGCUUCUGCGACACCUGCCUGCAGGAGUUCCUCAGUGAAGGAGUCUUCAAAUGCCCUGAGGACCAACUUCCUCUGGAUUAUGCCAAGAUCUACCCAGACCCAGAGCUGGAGGUACAGGUUUUGGGGCUGCCCAUCCGCUGCAUCCACAGUGAGGAGGGCUGCCGCUGGAGUGGGCCGCUGCGCCACCUACAGAGCCACCUGAACACCUGCAGCUUCAAUGUAAUCCCCUGCCCCAAUCGCUGCCCCACCAAGCUGAGCCGCCGGGACCUGCCUGCACACUUGCAGCACGAUUGCCCCAAGCGGCGCCUCAAGUGCGAGUUUUGUGGCUGUGACUUCAGUGGGGAGGCCUUUGAGAGCCACGAGGGUGUAUGCCCCCAAGAGAGUGUGUACUGUGAGAACAAGUGUGGUGCCCGCAUGAUGCGGCGCCUGCUGGCCCAGCAUGCCACCUCUGAGUGCCCCAAGCGCACCCAGCCUUGCACCUACUGCACCAAGGAGUUCGUCUUUGACACCAUCCAGAGCCACCAGUACCAGUGCCCGAGGUUGCCUGUGCCCUGCCCCAACCAGUGUGGCGUGGGCACGGUGGCUCGGGAGGACCUGCCUAGCCAUCUGAAGGAGAGCUGUAGCACCGCCCUGGUGCUUUGCCCGUUCAAAGACUCUGGCUGCAAACACAGGUGCCCCAAGCUGGCGAUGGCCCGGCAUGUGGAGGAGAGCGUGAAGCCGCACCUGGCCAUGAUGUGUGCCCUGGUGAGCCGGCAGCGGCAGGAGCUGCAGGAGCUGCGGCGAGAGCUGGAGGAGCUGUCGGUGGGCAGCGACGGCGUGCUCAUCUGGAAGAUCGGCAGCUACGGGCGGCGGCUCCAGGAGGCCAAAGCGAAGCCCAACCUGGAGUGCUUCAGCCCGGCCUUCUAUACACACAAGUACGGCUACAAGUUGCAGGUGUCUGCGUUCCUCAAUGGCAAUGGCAGCGGUGAGGGCACACACCUCUCGCUCUACAUUCGCGUGCUGCCGGGUGCCUUUGACAAUCUCCUUGAGUGGCCGUUUGCCCGCCGUGUCACCUUCUCCCUGCUGGAUCAGAGCGACCCUGGGCUGGCUAAGCCACAGCAUGUCACUGAGACCUUUCACCCUGACCCAAACUGGAAGAAUUUCCAAAAACCAGGCACUUGGCGGGGCUCCCUGGAUGAGAGUUCUCUGGGCUUCGGUUACCCCAAGUUCAUCUCCCACCAGGAUAUCCGCAAGCGAAACUACGUACGGGAUGAUGCCGUCUUCAUCCGUGCCUCUGUCGAAUUGCCCCGAAAGAUCCUCAGCUGAGUGCAGACGGGGCUGCAGGAGAAAGGGGGGGGGGGGUGGAGCAUGACCUCAGCCAGGAAUGGGCUGAACCUGGAGAAGGGGCCGGACCCCCUUUCAGCUGCUUCUGCUGCCCAGGUUCUGUUCCCCUGUGCCCCCUCCCCUCUUCCUUACCACCCUCAGGUGCCUCCUAUUGGUGCUUCAGCCCUGGCCCCUGGGGGGAGCAGGUCUUGGGGUCAUCAAGGGCUUGGAAAAAGUGAUCCCAGGGCCUGUGUCCUCUCCUGGGCAGGGAAGACAUGCCUUGGUGCCGGCCACACUCUACCCGGGACUGAGGCACCUGCUGGUGCUAUGUCCCAAGAGCCAUAUGG